GCAGCUGUUGCCGGCAGUCAGAAUAUUUGUAUGCGAGUGUUUAAAAUUGUGCGCGAAAUUUUAACGUUUGUGGGCGUAGAUGUGAAGUAAGCUUUUGCGUUUUAAGCAGGGGUUUGAUGACAGCAAAAACAACAUUAAAAAAUAUCGUCGGUAAUUAAAUAACUUACACAUAACCAAAUGCUGCAGUUAAAACGCUGAACAAAAGAAAACUAAAUAGAAACUGUGUUAGUUUACAGCGAACUAUAAAACAUUUUUAUUGAGCUAAAAAAUAACUAAAAAAGAAAGUCUUGAUCGCCGAUUUUUCAAAACUUACGCCUUGUACGUCAGCCAAAAAGCAACAGUAGCGGGCACAACGGCAACGACAGCAGCGUGCAAUUGACACAAGCACGCAACCUUUGCUACACACCCCACCAACUCCCGUUAUAAUACAUAGACAGCAAUCAGCAACAACAACAUAAUGGCUGCAGCGAAAGCACUCUUGGCCGGUUGCCUACUCUGCGCAUUCACAAUGCAAAUGUGCUCAACAUCGUCGAUUCCAAUUUGGGAGUUUCUGACGCGCAACGAAAAGAUGUCUUACCUGUACUCGACGUUUGCGCAGCUGGUUAGCGUGCAUUGCAAAUCGACUGCUCCCAGCACUUCUGUGCCCGUUAACCAAUGCAAGCACAACCUGCUCGGCUAUGGCUACGAGAAAUUGCAGACACUCUCCGAUGAGCAGCUCGAGACGCUCGAUCCAUAUCAACGCGAUGCCAAUGAGCUGAUUUGGUCAUCGAUUAUGCGUGAGCAUCCGAGCGCCACUCUCGUCACCACCCGAAAGCCGCUGCCGACGCCGCCUGCAUCUUCGCUCAUCAUACUGACGCAUCAGAAGGCGCCACAACAGCCCGUCCAGAACCCACUCUUCGAUAGCAGCGCCAGCGAGCAGAACCAUAAGUAUGCCAUGGACAUGGACAUUGCCUAUGGAUAUGGCAACAACAACAACGGCAACGGCAACCAGCCCUCGGCGACGACAUCAAGUGAGCUGCCAGAAGCAGCCGCUUUGACGGCCAAGCCACCAAAGACCACUUCCUAUCUGACAGGCCCGCUCGUCAUACGCGUGCAUCCUGACGGUGUCCCUGUGGAGGAGGAUAAAUACCGACCACUACCCCGCGACGACGAUCUCGACCUAUUUCGCCUGAGCAGUGGCAGUGCCGCGUCCGUUGGCAAUCUGAGGCCGGUUAGGCACCGCAAGAUUGCCACCAUAAAUGCCCUGAAGCAGCAACACUUUGCGUCCAUUGCCCUCCAACGUGAACUCCAGCCACCUCAUGUCCUGCAGCGACGCCAGUUCCGGCAGACGCAGCCGUCGCCGUCGGGCUACUACUAUGGCAGAGCACAGGCGUAAGGGGUACUCGGGAAUUAUCUGAGAAUUGCUUAUUUUCUAAAGAUUAAGUGUAUCUAAAUUUAUGUAUGAGCGAAUGCGUUGAAGCAUGACUGAGAUCUGAAUGUGAUUUGUGUGCGUGGUGAUUUUUUUCUCGACAGUUUAAAAGUUUAAAUGAACUUAAGCUUUAAUUGAAUUUCGUAUUUGUACAAUCAAGUACUACCUACAUAUAUAGUACAUACUACAAAUGUACAUUUGUAAGCAUAUUCAUGUCUAAGGUUUUUUCUAAUAUUAUUUAUAUUUAUUCACGUUCGUGUGCACUAGUUUUAAGUUGAA